AUCAAGUUAGGUUGACGUUAGACGGAAUCUGUUCUCCCUCCAAACCGACUAAAAGAGGGUCGCGCGCUGCUGCUUCUGCCGAGUAGUGGAUUGUGAAGCGUGUAAAAGGUGCGCCUGGGAUAACCACCUCAGCAGCUCGCUUUACACGUCCCCCGAUCCGUCCUUUAAUCUCCUAUCUUCGCUCGUUUUAUUGGACUGCUGUAGACUUGACAUCUUGGACACAGCAUGGAUAAAACCAACCUGAUCCAGAAGGCCAAGUUGGCGGAGCAGGCCGAGCGCUAUGAUGACAUGGCGACGUCCAUGAAGGCAGUGACUGAGCAAGGAUCUGAGCUCACCAACGAGGAGAGGAACCUGCUCUCGGUUGCCUACAAAAACGUAGUGGGGGCCCGGAGAUCAGCGUGGAGAGUCAUCUCGAGCAUCGAACAGAAGACGGACAGUGGCGACAAGAAGCUUCAGAUGGUGAAGGAGUACAGAGAGAAAGUGGAGUGCGAGCUGCGUGAAAUCUGUCAUGACGUGCUGGGGCUCCUGAGCAAAUAUUUGAUUGAUAAUUCCUCUAAUGCUGAGAGCAAAGUCUUCUAUUUAAAGAUGAAGGGUGACUACUAUAGAUAUCUUGCAGAGGUUGCCUCUGGGGAUGAUAAGAGGGGCACAAUAGACAACUCACAGGGUGCCUAUCAGGAGGCAUUUGACAUUAGUAAGAAGGAGAUGCAGCCCACACACCCUAUCCGCCUAGGUUUGGCCCUCAACUUUUCUGUGUUCUACUACGAGAUCCUCAACUCUCCUGAGCAGGCUUGUACCCUGGCCAAGCAGGCCUUUGAUGAAGCCAUUGCUGAGCUUGACACACUUAAUGAAGACUCGUACAAAGACAGCACACUCAUCAUGCAGCUACUUAGAGACAACCUCACAUUAUGGACCUCUGACAAUGCAGCAGAUGAGGGUGAAGGAGGAGAUGGGGAGAACUAAGACUCCAGCGUGUCGUCUCCUGCAGAUAAAAUUAAAAAAAAAAAAAUUAAAAAAAAAAACUUUUUACACAUCAUUCCUUGUUUCACUUAGUCAUGUAAACCCAUGAUCAUUACCAAUGAGCCGUGUUUAUGAAAAUUCCAAUUGUCCUGUUAUUUUAAUCACCUGGCUUGAGGUUAUGAUAAGUUAAAAUAACUCCUCCAUUCCUUGGUUUUGUCCACUCUUUUUGCUUUUAUGUGCAGUGUCUGCUGUAGAAAAGUAUUAGCCUUACAUGACGUCAGCAGUCCAUUAAUUGAGACAGCUAGUGUAUCUUCUCUGCAGGUUUGCUGAAUGUGUCUAACGAGCACUGACGGUCUCCGUUAAAGCAGACAAGCUUUCUUCAAUAACAAACUGCAUUCUUGGCCACUCAUGCAAUACAUGUUUGCUGAAGAUUUAAACUUUUUUUUUUUGUGAAGAAUGUUAGUGAUGGCUUGAACACUCCUUCACGCCAGUACUGUCAAGAUUGAAAAGCUGCUGUUAAGUAGUGACUCGGCUAGCACUACCAAGCCGGGUGGUUCUCCUCACUGGCUCUUUCAACCAAGGUUUCUCUGAAGUAACAUGACGACACUCCUUUCUAGUCAAGACCUUUUUGUUUUUGUGUUACUUUAAAGCAUGCUCGAGUCAAAAAAAAAAAAAGGUGCCACUUUUAUUAAGAUUUACAAAUGAGUAAAAUAACUUAGUCAUGCAUGCCCAUUUUUCAGUAUUUACUGGUAUGGGAACGAAUACUACAUACCCAUUGCUCCCUGGUUUGGUUAAAUACUUUCAUUGCAGAAUUGUGCACAUAUUGAGGAAUAUUUGGUUCGUCCAGUGAUGUCGCUAGAUAUACAGACCACUAUUGUGUUUUUUGCUAAGCGUUGAUCGUAGUCCUCCAAGAGCCUUGUGAAAAUGUUCAAAUGCCCUAUGUAACAGCUAUGUAACCUGAAUUAAAGUGACAGUUUUAUAAACCAUA